UGGCGCUGCGCUCGAGUAGUCCCACUCGGAUCGUCGCCGCGGCCGCACGCGCACGCCGCGCCAUGACACGCCCCCUGAUGCCCGUGCUCGCGCUCGCGCUCGCCGCCCUCGCCGCCGUCGCCGCCGACACCGCCGACGAUCUAUCGCGACCCCGAAUCCUAGAUUUCAACCCAUGGUCGUGGUUACCCAGCAACAGUAAUCGAUCCCCCUCAGUCAUGGAUUAUUUUUUCCCACCUUCCCGAACACCGAAGAAUUCAAACCUCGAUCCCCCGGCAGACCGUUCGCCGCCCAAAAUGACUCAUACGACAAUCGCUGAUACUUUGACGACAGGGAAUCAGGAACAUCCUACUACCCUCAGUCGUAAAUCCGGUAGCAAAUCUAAAACUACAUCACCGUCUCGCAUAACGGCAUCGCUGAAAACUAAGAAAAACGCACAUAAAACCAUCGAUAUAGAAACGCCCGCCGAAACUAAGACUACCCCACCUAUCAUGUCGAACAACGUGACACAAGCUCCCAUCCAGAUGGUGGUUACGACGACCACCGCUCGACCGACGAAACACUAUACCAUUCGUCCGCUGAUUCGGACCACAGCUAUGGACACGGUGGAAACAGAAUCAACUUUGAACACCGACAGCGAUAGCACUGAAACGGUGGCGGUAUUUGACACGGCCGGCACGACCGCCGAGAAUGUUAAAGUCACGCCUACAUUUAGUACGACUGAAAGCCGAUCUGAAACGGGAACAGCUAGCACAGGCACAGAGUCGACUACCAUCGUGGACAGCACGCUGGCGGAGGAGCCCGACAGCCGCGAGGGAUAUUUGCCUCUACGGGACAAGCCGCCGCAAACACACGUUAAGAUCAAUGAACAAACCAAGAAAGAGACAGUACCGCUGCCCGCAGGCUCCACUUCGGUGUUAGCAAAGCCAACGAAAUACCAUUACUAUCCGCACAAUCAGCACAUUUACCUAUUACCAGAGUGUGCCAUACAACAGGUGUGCAACGCAGUAUAUGUUCGGUUGAACUACACGCAGCCGCUUUGCGCGUGCCCCGCACGCUACCGGGACCCCUGCUCGGCCAGCCUCAACGCGGACGACCUGCAUACCACGCGCCUCACCACCGACUCCAAAAAGAAGUACGCGAAGAAAGCAGUAACAUUAGUGAAAACGUGCGAGGCGGUGUCCGAAAUGAGAGAAUGUCGCGCGCCGAGAGACUGGUCGCUGCUAGCUCUACAGAACAUUAGAACAGGAAAAUCACAUUACUUGGUCAUCUGUCGAUGUCCAGAGACUCAUAUUUUAGAAGGGCCGAUGACGCACGACCAACCAACAUACGCCUCUGUACCGGGUAUUAGAGUGUACGGAAUGAUGUGUGUACGACCAUCGCCCGCCUUUCAAUCAGGUUACAAAGGGAACAGAUAUACAAGCCCUUCAAGCACCACCAGCUCUUACAAAGUGGACUAUUCUCAACCACAUUCGUACUCAGAUAAACCAGUCUACAACCGUUUCCAGUCUCACAGCUAUAUAGACUCUAAUUACUACAACAGAAGGUCGAGAGCUGCUCGCAUGCGACGAAUGGCCAGUCUAUACCCACCCUUUCCUUGGGACAAGGUCGAAGAAUUAGCAGAAUCUUUACAUUGGAUCAAUUAGGUUCUAAAUAUGAUGAAUCUCCUCUGUCGUAACACCUCUCUUGCUAACCUUUUCGAUCACUUUUAAAAAAUAGAGAUAGCAAAUUUCUGUAAUGUGUGACGACAGUUGAAAUUCACGGAUAAGAACAUAACUUAUGUUGGGUUCAAAUAGGCCCUUGUAACCAUUAUUUGCCUUUUUGAAUUCAACGGAAACAUUGGAUAGUAUUACGUGCGCAAUUUUAAAACGCUUUACGAGCAUAUAGGCCAUUCAAUUAAUAAGGUUUGUUUGUAUUCGACGCCGAGGUUUAGUUUCCAUUCCACUUACAAAGGGAGGCAUUUAAUAGAAUGUAAGAGCUUAAUUUAAAUUUCUAAGCCAGUUAAUUUGAUAAUAUAAAGUUACAUUGUUAAUUUUUAUUUUCAUACAAAAAGUAUUUAGCCAUUUGUAGUGUUCAUAACCGUAAUUUUUAAUUGUUUAGUAGACUACGAAUAUUAUAUGCGAAUUUGAAAUAGUAUUUGACAUUCUUAACAUAUUUUACUAUAGAAGAAAUAUGUUUUCCCCACCAAGACAUGAUGUUACAAACAAAAAAAAUCAAAAAGAUAUACUUACUCAACAAUGUACACGAAGUAAUGUGAUAAGUAAGGUGAAGAAAUUGUGUAAUUUCAAUGCAUUUAUAAUUAUUUAAGUAUUUAGUUGGUAAAAAUUAUUUAUAAAAAUAAUCUGAGUAAAACAAAUUGACGUGUAAAUAUUAGUGAUAAUUGCAAUAUUUGUAAUUACAAAAUUAGAUUUUUUCUAA